CUAUGUAUGAAUGAAAUAUGAAUAUGGGAUGGUGUUUCCUUAUACUUUCAACCAUUUUCAUAACCGUCAAUUGUAAGAAUUGAAUUAAAAUGGUCAGUUAACAGUGUCUAAUAGUUAUAACUUUAUGAUUUUUCAGUUUUUUUAGCUAAGAAUUUAACCGAUUAAACUAAUCAAAUGAUGAAAGACUGUUUUAGGUACGUCUUGACUUCAAUCUCAGUUUUAUAUAGAUUAGUUUUUGGCAGUCCUAAAAAAUAAUAAUUGUGAUUUCCAAGAGCAAAAUAUAGAAAUAAGGACAAAAAGCAAAUCCAGCAAUAGUGGCGGCUACGACGGAGUGUUCUAUAAGAGGUUCUUCUAUUUAUCUGACAAGAAGAAGAAUCCAAGUCACAGAGUGUCAAAUUCAUUUCAAUUUUUAAGUCCCAGAUUCUGAUUUCUUAAGAUUUUCGUUUUACCUAAAAUGGGUAUUGUACCUGAUUGUAUAUCAUUCACAAGAUCACUUCAAGUUUGAGCCUUUACCCUUUAAACUUCAGGUAAUAGAUUCCACUUAUCUUAAAUAACAAGGUUAUAAAGUUCAAAACUUUGUAUUAAAAUUAAUUAAGUUUUCAUCAAGUUUGAUUCUGGGUCUUCACCAAAAUGAAGAGGCGCAUGUUCUUGAAGCAUUCAACAGCUCUUAUCCUUGUGAUGGUAACUAUAUGCUGCCUUUUGAUUGUGAUAGUCACAGUUCUCAAGCUUCCAGAUGCAUCAACCAAGAACAGCCAAAUGGUAUUGUACCCAAAAAUCAGAUCCCGAAAAAUCCCUCAUGAUUUUAAGUUGAGCAAGGUCGGUGACAUGAUGCUUGAGAUGUUGCCUCAUGAUCUUGCAUUCACUGUUUUUGUUCCAUCGGAGGAAGCUUUCAAGCGAGAUCUGCGUCUAGAUUUCAAUGAUAGUUUGAAACCUGACAAGUAUAAUGAUACAUAUGCGAUUGUGUCUCGUGUGUUGGGAUUCUCGGCUGUUCCUAGAUCAAUUCACUCGGAUAGUGUGAAACUUGGUGAGCUUGUGAACUAUGAUUCUUUAUCUGGGUUCUCACUUUACAUCUCAAAGGACAUCGAUGGAAUGUUGGUUGUUAAUAGGGUUCGAUCUGAAAUGGUGGAUUUUAAGAGGAAUGAGAUUGUUGUUCAUGUUAUGGAUGGUGUUAUUAUGGAUGCUGAGUUUGAGCAAUCCGUUCUCUCUUACGAAACCGAGGAGGAUUGAGUUUUGUAUUCAACUGAGUCUUCAUCUAUACAGAAUAUACAACUACACUUGUGUAGGUAUCAUCUAGUUCUUCUUUUAAAUGAAAUUGUAUAAGGUAAAGGUUUUCUCUUCCUUUUUACUUAUUUUUUGGGCUAACUUUGAAGAUGUUCCAUUUAUGUACCAUUUAUUUAUAUUACCUUAAUAGAUAUAUGGAAAUAUUUUGAUAUCUUGUUCCUAUUUCUUGGAGAAGUAUUUACAAAUCUUCUAAAUAAAUGAGAAUAAAUUAGAACAUAUGGUUAGAAAAAGUAGGGAAUCGUAAUUGUACAACAGCUCAUGAAUAGAUACAUGCUCUUGAUUAUCAUAAAGAAAGUUAAGCUGACAUUAUUUCUUCUUCAUCCUGAAAUCUGUAUACCAAAUUGUCGAAACAACUUCCGCAGUACUAAUUAAAUACUAUUAAGCAAACCUCUACAGAGAUCAAACAUGGGUGGGAUGAGGAUGGUGGUGACAGUGGUGAAGGAAAGUGUUAGAGGAGUUGUAUUUGGGAUGAUUUGGAAUUAGACAAGUUUGAAGUUAAAAUGGGUUAUGAAUUUAGUGUUUGAAAAUUGGAUGCAGCAAAGAAAUUCAUAACAUUAGUAAGAAUAAGUGGUGUAUAAUUUUCUUUUAAGAUUGUGUGGGUCAUUUGGCAGGGUAUGAAUUUAAAAAUUUAUGAGAAUAAAGAAUCGAUGGCUAACAGGGAGCAAAUUUACACACUUGUUAGACAAUGAAAUUUGAUUAGAAAGAAAUAGAAAAUCAAGAUGGACAGAUGGUUGUAACGGAGAAGGAGGUAAGAAUAGAGGGAGAGUGAUGGUAGUGAAGUGAAUAGUGUGGAAUAUGAGCAUCAUUUGUAAGCAUAUAUGGCUGGAGGAUAUCUGGAAAAUGCAAAAGGUGAGUCAAGAGGAUUAAUGGGGGAUGUAAUAUCUGAGAAGAUGGAAGGGGACGCAAUCUUACAAAGCCUUGAGAUAGUAUUACAAAUAUUAUUGGAGGAAGAUAAUAGGAAAGAGGAGGGAUUGAUAUUUAUAAUUGAUAAUAAAAAUAUUGUUUAAUGGAUGCAUGGAAAAAUAGCAAGUUAGGACUUAAGAAUGUUGAGGAACAAGACAUAUGUAGCAAAAAAGUCAUGCAAAAUGUGGAGGUGAGGUUCAAGUACAGCAGUAACUUCAAAGAGAGGAAGACUUGGGAAAGAUUGGAAUUGGAGAACACUUGUAGAUGGGAUGCAAUUGAAUUAUUGGCUUCGAUGUUGAAUUGGACAAGCAGACUAUGAAUAAAAGUAACUAAACAAGUGGAUGACAUGGAAAUACAAAAGGAACAUUGUUUGGUGAAAAUACAUGAGGAGAGCGAUUUAUUUGGUGCGAGUAAGUGAAUGAUAUGCCAAUGGAGGAUGUCAAAAUGAGAUAAUGUAAUUGAUGUGAAUAUAUUCGUCUAUUAUGAAUGUCUGAUUUUGUGGGUAAUGAUUUUGUGAGUAGGUGAGACAUGAGUAUUUGGUUUUGCACUAAUCAUGGAAGUCUAUGAGCUUUUUGGAAAGGAAAAGUCUUGCCAUGAUGCUAUUUGAAGGGGUGAACAUUUGGCGUCUAUAAAUCUAAAAUGGGGUAGUGCAGAUUCAUUUUUGUGUAAUUUUGUAAUCUUUUAAUCUAUACUUUGUUAUUGAUGCAGGACUCUUGUAUUUCAUUUUGACUUGGUAGUUUUUGAUUGAUUAAU